AUGGGCUGUGGGACCAGUAGCAAAGUCGUCCCGGAGCUGCCGGGGUCUUCCCUUCACCUGAGCUGGGGAAAAGGAGUAGGGAGAGGAAGCUGUGGUCCGCUGCAGAUGGGGCAGGGGGAAGCUGGGCACAUGGGACAUCGGGAAACUCGUGAAGCGGCAGCAGAGGCAGCUCAGAAAAUGCAGGUGGCCAGAUACCGGGCCAACUUCGACCCACGGGUCACAGCCAGAUAUGAUAUCCAGGCUCUUAUUGGAAGAGGCAGUUUCAGCAAGGUUGUGAGAGUGGAACAGAAAUUCACAAAGAAACCCUUUGCAAUAAAAAUGGUGGAAACCAGAGUGAAGGAAGGCAGAGAAGCAUGUGAAUCAGAACUGAAUGUCCUCCGGCGAGUCAGUCACUGCAAUAUUGUCCAGCUCAUAGAGGUCUUUGAAGCCCAGGAUCGAGUUUACAUAGUGAUGGAACUGGCUACAGGAGGAGAACUCUUUGAUCGAAUUAUUUCCCAGGGAACAUUCACAGAGAGAGAUGCCAUUAUAAUCCUCAAGAUGGUUGUUGAUGGAGUAAGGUAUUUGCACAGUUUGCAAAUAACUCACAGAGACCUGAAGCCUGAAAAUCUUUUGUACUAUCACCCAGGGGCUGAGUCAAAAAUAUUAAUCACAGAUUUUGGGCUGGCAGCCUCUGGUAACAAAAAUGGGGAUUGGUCUAUGAAUACUAUCUGUGGGACACCGGAAUACAUAGCACCAGAGAUUCUGUCCAGAAAACCCUACACAAAUGCAGUGGAUAUGUGGGCCCUUGGAGUAAUAACAUAUAUUUUACUGAGUGGCUCCCUGCCAUUUGAGGAUGAAAACCACAUGAGACUUUAUAGGAAGAUUCUAAAGGGCAAGUACAGCUACAAGGGAGAACCUUGGCCAAAUGUUUCCAACUUGGCAAAGGACUUUAUAGACAGACUAUUAACUUUGGAUUCCAGUCAUCGCAUGUCAGCUGGGCAGGCUCUGAAUCACCCCUGGGUAAUGACCAUGGCUAUAACAUCUCCCAUGAAGAAUCUUCAAAGAUCCAUCUCCUGGAACUUGAUGCUCAGGACAUCACCCCAUUCUCAGUGUUCUAAAUCAACACGGGCCUCUGAAUCUUGUCAUUCUAGUGUAUCAAAAUAUACUUGGGGAAAGAAGCUGGUGAAUAAGACUAGUACCCUUGAAUGAACAAGAAGUUAAAGAUAUUUUCUCAUGUAUUACUUCACAUUUUAAUCAAAUAGACUUACUCUAUACUUGGAGCUCAUUUGAAGUAUUAUAAUGAAUAGCUAUUACAUGUGCUUAGUAUAAAUAUGACUUAUCAUGUCUUUUCCCUUAUAGUAGAGAUAUAGAAAAUAACUACGACUGAAUCAAUCAGCAGCUGACAGGAAGAGUUGAAGUGACUAAUGUCCUUACAAAAGGUAUCAAUAAAACAUUUUAAAAGAAACACACCAUUAAUUACUCUUUAAACUUUUU